UUAUAAAAAACGUCAGAAGCGCGUGCACGUUUCUAAUUUUGACGAAGACAUGCUUUGAUAUUGUUACAAGAUGAGUCCCACUUUAACUGAUCAGGAAUUGUACUGCGACGCAGAAGAAGUACAAGAAGCUGUUGGAAAAUUGGAAAUUAACGAGAAAACAGAAAGCAAAAGUUUUGAUGAAAAAGAUGAUUACUAUGAAGAUGAUUGGGACGACGAUGAUGAUGAUGAUGACGACGAUUACUAUGAGGGUUGUAAUAGUAACAGUAGCAAUAGACAACCGGCAGGUAAUCAAAGUAAGCUAAACAGUUAUCAGCCAAACGAUAAGCUCUUUGCGAAACAUUCUAGUAAGAUCAAUUUGGAUAAGUAUAUACUGCCCAAGAACGCUGCAAACGUUUUAAUGCAAAGUGAUAAGAGGAUGGACAAUGAGAGGAUCAGGAUAAAAGAUAAGCAUGAUAGGGCCACAGCUGAGCAGGUUAUGGAUCCAAAGACUAGGAUGAUUCUGUUCAAAUUGAUAAACAAGAACUUGAUCACAGAGGUGAACGGAUGCAUUUCCACUGGCAAAGAGGCCAACGUUUAUCAUGCAACGUCAAAGGAUGGGGAUCAGUACGCCGUUAAGGUCUUCAAGACAUCCAUAUUGGUGUUCAAAGAUCGCGAUAAGUAUGUGUCUGGAGAGUUCAGAUUUCGACACGGGUAUUGCCGACAUAACCCGAGGAAGAUGGUGAAGACGUGGGCCGAGAAGGAGAUGCGUAACUUGGAGAGGAUGCACAGUAACGGUCUGAAUGUACCGAAACCGAUUAUACUGAGAUCUCACGUACUGCUGAUGGGAUUCAUCGGUAAGGAAGGAUGGCCGGCGCCCAAACUCAAGGACGUCGACUUGUCGCAGUCGAAGGCGAGACAGGUGUACAGGGACGUCAUCACGGCGAUGUGGAAGAUGUACAACCUCUGCAAACUAGUCCACGCCGAUUUGUCUGAAUUCAAUAUGCUUUACAUGUGCGGCGAGCUGUACAUCAUCGAUGUCAGUCAAUCCGUCGAACACGAUCAUCCGCACGCUCUGGAAUUCUUGAGGAAGGAUUGCGCGAACAUCACCGAUUUCUUCCGAAAACACGAAGUCGCAUGUUUAUCCAUCAAAGAGCUCUUCGAUUUCAUCACCGAUCCCACGAUUACGUCGGAGAACAUGGACAGAUGUUUGGACGCGCUCAGCGAGAACACCGCGGGCAGAUCAGAUCUAACGCAUCAGCAGCAAAUUGAAGAGGAGGUGUUCAAAAACUCUUACAUCCCCAAAAGGUUGACGGAAGUCCUCGACGUUGAAAGGGACAUCAACAAAGCGAAAGCCGGUGAAAAUGAUCUGAUUUACAAGACGUUAAUCGGAUUGAAAUCGGACUUGAGCGGCACCAGCAAUAAACCCGAGGUCCUGGAGGACGAAGAUGAACAGGAAGGUGACGAAGAGGAGGUGGAUGAGGACGAAGAAGAUGACGAAGAAUCAAGCAAAUUCGUGGACAGCUCCAGGCCCAAGGACGAAUCGUUGGAGGACAAGAAAGCGCGCAAAAAGGCUGUCAAAGAGGCGCAAGCCGAGAAGCGUAAAGUUAAGGUCAAAAAGCACGUGAAGAAGAGGAAAGAGAGGAUGGCAAAGAAAUAAUGAAUAUUACAACUAAUAUAUAUUAAGAAAAAUUGUCCACUUUUAUAUUUA